UUUCGUUGAUUCUGAAAAUUAAAAUGGCGUAAUUUGAAGAACGAUGAAAUAUUUCUGUAUUGUUGACCAAUGUGGUUUAUUAUUUUAUAAUUUUCAAUUUUGAUUCCUUGACAUCGGCUGACUCAAUUUGAUCGUGAUUUGUAAAUGAUUCGAUUUUUUCGAAAGUUCAUUCGUUCGGCAAGAUAUUUAUAAAGAGAUUCAUUCAUUCGAAUUUCGAUUGAAGUUGGCUUAUUCGCAGAUUGAAUUCGAAUUUGAUUCGAAUUAUGAAAGAUUACAUGUGAUGUGUGGUCUGAAGACGUGUUCGUGAUAUUUUCAGCAAGAUGAAUAUGAAUGUCGAAGAGGAAGUAAUUCUAUGGGUUACUUCGGAUCUUGUUGGAUCUACAAAUGUGCAGACUCAAGAAGUUGUCGAAACUACCUCUGGGACUGAAUCAGCGAUUCCAGUUGCUUUGAUUCGAGCUCAAGACGAGUUUGCGGAGGCUCAUAUAACCGAAGCUACCUUCGAUGAGAGCAAAGGAGAAUUUUGCGUUGUUGAUGUUUCGCCACCCAAGGAGAAGAAAUCCAGAAAACGUGGAUUAGUUUGGCAAUAUUUUACGCCUACGGAACAAGAACGAGCUCAGUGUUCAUUCUGCCCGGCUGUGAUAUCAUUUAAAGGCAAAUCUACGAAUAAUUUAUUGAGACAUUUGCGAACUAAACACUCGGAUACUAACGUUAAGCAAGAUAGAACCGAAAACUUUCAGUCCGAAGAUGGAUCUACGUAUUAUAUUUUAUCCACCCCCGAUCAACAUAUUAACGCUGACGAGAGUUUUCAGUCCGAAGAAUCUGAAGAUAAAGCCAACAAACGUCGUGGCGGUGUCUGGAAAUACUUUAUACUUGGUACGAAUUCCAGAGCGAAAUGCAAAUUUUGCGGAACGGUUAUUUCAUUCAAAGGUGGCUCGACUACGAAUUUGCUGCGUCACAUGAAAUCUAAACAUACGAACAUUAGAGUACCAAAUAAACCAAUCAGAUCGGACGAUUCGUUUGCAUUACCUGUUGAAAGGCAAUUCUCGAUUCAACAUUCAUUUGCUGAAAUAGUCAACGAAUGCGUCAAGAGCGACGAUGAAAAUGAUUUUACCGUUCAUACUGUCUACGAUGGUCAAGAUGACGAUAAUAUUGAUCCUAUUGGUGGUGAGAGUAUUACUACUCUUGCUUCGAUGGAUCCGCAUUACUCGCAAGAAAUCGAUGUACAAGUUUGUAUGCCUAGUGAUAUACAUGAUUCGACGAAAGAACGUCGUAAAUCAGCUGUAGCUUGGAGAUAUUUCGAAAUGGAGAACGAAGAACGUGCCAAAUGCGGUGUUUGUUCGGCGGUGAUCUCUUUCAAAGGUGGUUCGACUGGGAACCUUUUACGACAUUUGAAAACCAAACAUUCCGAAAUCGAUUUAACCCCGCCGGAGAAAAAAGAAGAAAUUAUUGAAGAAUCGAUGCCUGAAAUUAAAGAAGAAGAAGACGAAGAAUUUGAUGUAGGAAAUCAAGAGUUGGCCAAGUUCGUUCAUUUACUUAAUCCGCGGUAUAAACUGACUGGAGGUAUAAUACCAAAAUUGAACGAAAAGGAAAUGCCGAAAAGAAUUCGCAAAAGAGGAGCUGCUUUGAGUUAUUUCACAAUUACCGAAAACGAAUCCGGACUUUGUCAUAUAUGUUCUGCCGAAGUUUUACUCAAAAAUGGAUCCAAAGCUCCUUUGCUGAGACACUUGAAAGCUAAACAUCCAGAUAUUGAUACUGUUCUGGUGAAUGGUGGAGAAACAACAACGAUGAUAACUGAAGAAGUAACAAUAACCGAUAUUCAAACUAUUCAAACUACAAGUCUGAAUAUUGAGAAUAUUGAAAAUAUUCCUAUGCAAGUUACCUCCUCGUCUGGUUGCGAAGAAUCGCCACCAAAGGAAAAAGUAUCCAGAAAAAUGCGUAAAAGAGGACUCGUAUGGAAUCAUUUCGCCCCACUUGAGGAUGAAAAAGCUAAAUGUAUCACGUGUCCUGCGGUAAUUUCGUAUAAACGUGGCUCGACUUCUAAUCUUCUCCGACAUAUGAAGAAAAAACAUCCGGAAAUCGACGUCAAAGAUGAAGAUCCUUUGAAGGAAGAAGAAACCGUUGAGAAUAUUACUGUUAAUGAAGAUGAAGAAGAAAUGAUUGAUUACGAAGCCCCUGACGGAACUCAAAAGAAAGUUUUGCGUAAACGAGGUCGCGUAUGGAAUCAUUUCAAACCGGUGGCACCUGAUAAAGCAAAAUGCAGCUUAUGCUCGGUGGUAGUAGUCUAUCUCAAAGGCUCCACUACGAAUUUACUUCGUCAUAUGAAAAAGAAACACCCAUCGAUCGACUUAUCCAAAGAGAAACCAUUCAAUAAAAAAUUAGUCUAUCCGAAGGAAACAGCUGUGGUCGAAAUGCCGCCUAAAGAAUUAACCCCGAACGAUUUCUUGGGCGAGCCGAAUCCGAACGAGAAAGUGAACGCGAUUUUCAAACGAUCCGAAAUCGUAUUCCGUAAACAUUUCGAUAAAUUCUUGAAUCGUCCAGUCUCCGUAACCAAGAGCAAAAUGUACGACGAACAGCUUGCUAAAAUGAUCGUGAAACAAUACUGCCCUUUCACUAUCGUCGAAAGUGAAGAAUUUAGAAACUUUGUACAAACAGUGAAUCCAGGGUACAGUUUACCUAGUCGUAAAACCAUCUCAUCCAGAUUGAUACCAGAAUUGUACGAAAAAUGCGCCGAAGAAGUUCGCGAGAGUUUACGUAAUAUACGUUACGUAACCAUCACUACGAACGGUUGGACUUUGGUGAAUAAUGAAUGUUAUAUAUCAAUCACUGCUCAUUUCAUCGACGACGAUUGUAAAUUUCAAUCAUACCUGUUGGAUUGUUUCAAAUACGAAGAGAAACACACAGCCGAAAAUUUAGCCGCUGAAAUUAAAGGCAUUCUAACCGACUGGGGCUUGAUUCAUAAAGUAAACGCAGUAGUCAGCGAUAACGCCGCUAAUAUCACAGCAGCUAUUCGAUUACGAUCUUGGAGACAUAUACCUUGUUUCGCGAACAUGUUGAAUUUAGUCAUACAAGCCGGUCUAUUCGAAAUUCGCGAUACUCACGAUAAAGCAAAACUAUUAAUCGAUCAUUUCAAGAAGAAUCCGCUAGCGUUACGCAAACUGCAUAGUACACAGACUGAAAUGGGCCUACCGGAAACUAAGCUAAAGCCAGACGAUAUAUCGAGAUGGGAAUCAACUUACGAUAUGUUCGGUCGACUUUUAACCUGCAAAAGCGCUAUGCCUGCUGUAGUCGAAGCUUUCAGUGAAAUCAUACCAGUGAUAAACGAAUUCGAAUGGCAAAUAAUCGAAAAAACGUGCGAAGUAUUGAAACCGUUAUUCGAUAUUUCCAACGAAAUCAGCGAAAAAAAUAUCACCAUAUCGAAAGUCAUACCAUUGAGCAAACUGAUCGGUAAAUAUUUGGAGAAAACGUUGAAAGACGAUUAUCUUACGCCUGAAAUUCAUUCGAUGGUUGUUAAAAUGUCGGACGAAGUUACGCUGCGGUUUAGCGACGUCGAAGAUAACACAUUGCUGGCCGAAUCGACCUUCCUAGAUCCUCGUUUCAAAAAUCAAGCGUUCACCAACGAUGAAUCUUACGCGAAUACUUACCAUUCAAUUUUGCAAAAAGCCAGCAAUGCGAAAGUAAACGAUAGAACAGACGAAGAAAGACGAAACGAAUCUACCGGAGGCGGUAGACAAUCGUCAAUUUGGGAAGAAUUCGAUUCGAGAGUCGUUCAAGUAAGCGAUGUUACGAAUCCGGAAAACGCAGCAGCCACCGAAUUGGAUAAUUACCUUCAAGAAGCGAUUGUUGCCAGAAGCGCAGAUCCACUGGUUUGGUGGAAGGAGAGAAAAUCCGUUUACCCGAGACUGUACGAGAUUAUGAAGCAGAGAUUGUGCAUUGCGGCGACCGCUGUUUCCAAGAAUUUUACCAAUAGCGGACACUUGGUUUGUGAAAAACGUAACAAACUUAGUUCGUCGAAGGUAUCGAUGGUCUUGUUUUUGAAUCAUAAUUUGUAAAUUUAUUUAUAAGCUUGCUCUUUUGUUUUAUUAAUUUUGAUGUAAUUAAAGUUUAUUGUCUUUUUUUAAUA